UACAAAGUAUAUAUAUUCUUGAUCGUCAUAAAAAUCUAAGACGAUCUAGCCAUGUCCGUCCGUCUGUCUGUUGAGAACACGAUACAGUCUUUAAAAAUUGAGAUAUUGAGCUGAAAUUUUGCACAGACUCGUAUUUCUUCUAUACGCAGGUUAAGUUCUUGAAUGGGCAAAAUCUGACGAUAUUUGGAUAUAGCUGCCAUAUAGACCGAUUUAGGGUCUUCAGGCCAUAAAGACCGCAGUUUUUGUACGAUGUCGAUGAAAUUUGAAGCAAUGAGUUGUACUUAGAGCCACGACAUCCAAAGUUCGGCACGGCCGAACUUAAUGCGUUUUUACUUGUUUCUCAUUCUUUUGAAAUUUAUAGGGAGAUUGGAGCAGACUUUUAAAAGGAGACGUCCACGAGUUUACAAAGAAAGAGUUGAUCCAUUUUCUAUUCCGUACCAUCACUUUAAAGCCAAAUAUCGGUUUAAUAAAUCAACGGCAAAAAAAAUUAUUGGUCUAAUAAAAAAUGAUAUUAAAUUAAGCAAAAGAGGGCAUGGGACUCCGGCCGAACUACAAGUUAUGGUUGCUUUGCGUUGUUGGGGUCGCAGAGAGGUUCAAGAUGAUGCGGGAGAUUUGCACGGAUUAGCCCAACCAAUGGUUUCAAGAAUAUGCAAUAGAGUUGCUCGCGCUUUGGCUCGUCAUGGUAUGGAAUACAGAAAUAUGCUGACAUCUCUCGAAGAGCAAGCCGUAAUAAUGAGAGAUUUUAAGGCCAUUAGAAACUUUCCGGGCGUUAUUGGAGCAAUUGAUGGAACUCAUGUUAAAAUAAAAAAAACUGGUGGAGAUCUUGCCCAAUAUUAUAUAAACCGGAAAGGAUUCUAUUCACUGAAUGUACAGGUUGUGUGUGAUGCCCAAUUGAAAAUUCGCGACAUAGUUUCUAGGUGGAGAGGAAGUACUCAUGAUUGUCGGAUAUUUAAUGAAUCUUCUAUUAAGGAACGAUUUGAAAAAAAAGAAUUCAGGGGUCGUUUACUUGGAGAUUCAGGAUAUCAGUUGACGCAUUAUCUAUUUACUCCUCUCCUCCGCACUAACAACGAAAAGGAAGAACGCUGCAAUGUUGCUCAUAUUGCAACAAGGAAUACAGUAGAGAGGUGUUUUGGGGUGUGGAAGCAGCGAUUUCGUUGUGUGUUAGAUGGAAUGACGGUUAGUCUAUCAAAUGCGAAGACUGUUAUCGUUGCACUUGCUGUGCUUCACAACAUUGUAUAUUUUUAUUAAUAAUUUGACAUUGUCAAAUAGCCGGAAUUGCCAGAUAAAACUUCAAAAAAUUCUAAAAAUGUUUCAUAGUUAUUUGACUGUUAUUAUGUGUUUGUGAAUACACAAUU